CUGUCACUCCAGCAAUCAUGGCUGCCCCUAGCAGAAAGCAAGUUUUGAGGUUUCUCUCCCAAUUCGGUGCGUUUAUUCUAACCCGAUUUGGGUUUUGGAACUGCUUCAGCAUGUUAAUGCUUUUUGCAGAGCGCGCUGAUGCUAAACGGAAGCCUGACAUACAGGUGCCCUACUUGUAUAUCGACAUGGGAGCAGCAGUGCUUUGUGCCAGUUUCAUGUCAUUUGGGGUGAAGAGGAGGUGGUUUGCUCUGGCAGCUGCCAUGCAGCUGGCCAUUAGCACCUAUGUCUCCUAUAUAGGUGAACAAGUGCACUACACUGACUGGCUAAAGGUACGGAUGUAUUCCAGAGUUCUGGCCAUUAUUGGAGGUUUUUUGAUUAUGGCCAGUGGUGCAGGUGAAGUUUACAGACAGAAACCUCGUACCAGAUCCUUGCAAUCUACUGGACAAGUUUUCCUCGGUGUCUACCUGAUCUGUGUGGUGUACUCGCUGCAACACAGUAAAGAGGACAGAAUGGCCUAUCUGAACCACAUUCCUGGUGGCGAGAUCACUCUGAUGCUUCUGGUGGUGAUGUAUGGGGUGCUAGCCCUGGCCUUCCUCUCUGGCUGCUACAUCCGCCUGGCUGCCCAGGUCCUGGCCGUAGUCCUGCCCCUGGUCCUCCUUUUCAUCGAUGGGAACUUGGGCUACUGGCACAACAACUGCCGGGUGGAGUUCUGGAACCAAUUGAAACUGAUUGGGCAUAACGUGGGCAUAUUUGGGGCUGUGCUGAUCCUGGCCACAGAUGGCUGAACACACACACACAGGACUUUUUGUCAGCUGCCCCAAAUACAAAUACUACUUGUAUUUGGAAUGAGAUUUGAGGACAAUUCGACAUGGUCUACGAUGGCCCCUCAGGAAGGAUGCACACAUCCAGUGGGUCAUGUCUGGAUGCUGGUACCUGAAUGCUGUCUCGGUCGUCUUUGUCCUUAACAAACUCUUAUUUUGCUUCCGCAGAUAAAUGCGCUCCAUUUGAGGUUUUAAUAACUUCUAGGAUUAUGUUUACAUUUCUUUCUUUUCUUUCUAUUUAACGUUUUGCUCUGAAACUUGACUCUUAACUAAGAUGUAACACUAGUAGAUUGUCGCAAAGUAUUUGGUAAGAACAUGUUAAGGUUUUAUCAUUGAAUGGUCAUUGAAUACCUAUUACAAUAUAUUGUCAGAGUAACUUGAAAUUUGCCAUCUGUACCACUGAAUAAUAAUCCAGAAAUAGGAUUAUUUCAGACCCAAUAUUUCAAAUGUACGGUAAUUUUGUAUACUUUUGUUUCACUUUUGUUUCAUGCAAGGCAUUCCUAUACAUGUAGGUUGUCAUUUAACGUAAUAAUAAAAAAAACAUUUUGUA